GCUACUUGUCAUAUCCACAUUGGUACGAUGCACCCGACACCGCAGGCGAUUGCCGUCGUGACGCUUCUCACGGGCGCGCUCAACACGAUCCUCAUGAAGAUGCAGUUCUCCGUGGUAUCGCUCGGGUCCGAGUCGUGCGCCACGACGAGUACGACUGGCCAUGCCACGUCGACGCUGCUCUGCGCCUUCAACAAGCCGUGGUUUGGCGUGCUGCAAGUCAAGCUUGGCAUGACUCUCUGUCUUGUCUACCUCUUUGCGCGCAAGAAGCUGCUGCACCGGUCGUUCCUCGAGACGCCGGUGCACGCCGCGAGCAUGACAAUGUACGACGCCCUGCGCGCCCCCGAGACGCCCACGUGCACAACGCUGGUGGCGACGAUCAUUCCGGCCGCGCUGGACCUCGUGCAGAGCGUCUUUUCGUUCAUUGGGUUGCUCUGGAUCCCGGCGUCGAUCUACCAAAUGAGCGGCGGCUCGAUGCUCAUCUUUAGCGCAUUCCUCUCGGUCAAGUUCCUCCACGUUCGCCUCUUCACAUACCAUUACGUGAGCAUUGCGCUCGUGGCCUUCGCGCUCGUUUGCGUCUCGGCCGCGAGCUACGCGCAGAGCCCGUCGAUGCACUCGGCCGCCGACGAUGGCGCCAACAUGGCCAUCGGUCUCUUCUUCAUCCUCCUCUCGCGCUUCCUCUACUCGGUCAACAUUGCGAUCGAAGAGUACUUUAUGACGACAUUGCAUGUGAGCCCAGUGCUGCAAGCCGGCAUGGAAGGCAUUUGGGGCCUCGUCCUCUUCGUGCCGCUCGUUCCGUGUCUGAGCUACACGGCCCCCGGCUCGUCAGCGCUUUCCACGAUCUGGCACGAAGACUUUGGCGAUACGUGGAUCAAGCUACGCCACUCGCCGUCGCUGGUCGUCCUCGUCGUCCUGUACGUUCUCUGCGUCGCAACCUACAACGUGGCGGCCAACUGGGUCACCAAGCACAUGAGCUCGAUCGUCCGGAGCAUGAUCGAGAAUGGACGCACACUUGGCGUGUGGCUUCUGGGUCUGGGUCUCUACUACGUGGCGAACGAACCGAGCAUGGGCGAGUCGUGGACAUCGUGGAGCUGGCUGGAGCUUUUGGGAUUUGGCUUGCUCGUGUACGCGACGCUGGCGUACAAGCAAGUUGUGCGGUACCCGUGCCAGUCGGUCUACCGCGACGGCUUUAUCCCGAUCCACUGACGACGCAAUACUGAAUAGUAGGACGAGUAAGGUUAGUACAACGUGUCUUCGAGU